ACCAUUUCAAGUGUUUCUAACUUAGGUUUUGCUGCUGUUUCUAUCGCACAUCGUCUAUGCAUCAGAUCACGUUCCAUUACUAUCGGGACAACAUAUAUUUCUUAUUUCUUUUCGCUUGAAAAUAUUCAAUUGUAGAAUUGAAUGCACAUAACAUUUUUUCUAAUCCAGUUGUAAAUUUUAUGAAAUUCUACAACAACUGUUAUUUUAAUUCUAUCAUCGCUAAACCUAAAUUUAAUGAUUACUUCAAAGUUGUCUGAACAUGAAUUGGAUGAAAAAGAAGUGGCUUUUUAUCUUCAAAUUUGUGUUAACAUUUUCUGUGGUUACAACAAUCGGUGGAAUAAUCUUCCUUGUUUUUCUUUGCCAAGAACAAAAAAACAUGUCAAGUCUAAGUAAUUACAAAGAACAACGUGACUUCUUGGAAACGAUAGAAAAGUAUCGUUUAUUAAUAGAAGAAAAUAUCAGAGAUUCUGACUCGCUAUUGGCUUUGCAAAAACCAAAGCAUUUUUUUUCCAAUUUCUCUAGUGUUCCAGUGACAUCCACGAUUGAGAACUUUACAUAUAAGACAGCUAGAUUUGACAUAAGAAAAUCUGACGUUAUUGUUUUUCUUCACAUUCAGAAAACGUGCGGCUCAACUUUUGGUUGGCAUCUUGUUCGGGACUUGGACUUAGAGAAGCCAUGCCAAUGUAGAGAAGAAUAUAAAAUAUGCAAAUGUUAUAGGCCAAAUUCCUAUACAAGAUUCUGGCUUUUAAGCCGAAAUUCCCUCGGUUGGAAAUGUGGGAUACAUGCUGACUGGACAGAGAUGACCAACUGUGUUGAUCUGGCAAUGAAUAGGGCUGAAGGCAAAGUACGGAAGCGAAGGUACUUUUACGUCACUGUUUUACGGGAUCCUGUGACACGAUUUAUCAGUGAAUAUAAGCACGUGCUGAGAGGAGCCACGUGGAAAGAUUCCCGCCAUUGGUGUGGAGGAAGGACAGCGACAGAAGAGGAACUACCGUCUUGUUUUAGCGGUGAAAACUGGCUCAAUGUAACUCUCGAAGAAUUCAUGAAAUGUCCCUCUAACAUGGCUAUCAACAGGCAGACUCGCAUGUUGGCAGACUUGUCUCUAAUUGGCUGUUACAACAAAUCUGCUAUGUCUGAGAAAGAACGAGAUCUGAUCAUGCUUCAAAGUGCCAAAACGAACCUUGAAAGUAUGAGCUAUUUUGGUUUGUGUGAAUACCAGAAAUUUUCGCAGUAUCUUUUUGAAAGAACUUUUGACCUAUAUUUUUUAAUCUCUUUCGAACAAUACAACACCACACGGGGGGAAAAUUUUACUAGAGAAACCACGGAAGAAAAUCUACAAAAAAUUCGAAAACUGAAUUAUUUAGAUGUCGAACUGUAUAACUAUGCUAAAAAUUUGUUCAUGAGCCGUUUUAAAAAACAAAUGGAUAUUGACAGAGAAGAGGAGUAAAACAAACUGACCUACAGGAAAUAAACAACGCUUUCAAGACCUUGAAUACAUAGACAUGUUAACCAAUGGAGUUUUUAUCUAUUUUCAUGGUGUUAGUUUUAAAUUAAAACUACAUUUUGUGACAUAAACCUGAAAUAUUUUUGACUUCUACUGAGCCAAAAAAGGGUAGAAACAUCGCUAUAAAUAUAUAUAUUUUGAGCCAUUGCGUCAUUUAUGUUAUUACCUUAUAAUAUAUUGUAGGUUAUAACCAUUUCUGUAAUAUUUUCUCCGAAACAGAAUUUAAACGUAUUUUUUUUAACUAAACUUGCCUGGGCGUGGAAUGGCCUAGUGGUUAACAUACCAGGCUGCGAUGGCGCUGAAAGUGCUCUGUCUUUUCAGUUGAGGGUAUAUUAUAAAAGUGAUAGUAAAUUAUGCUCGACCUUUCAGCCGUGGGGGCGUUAUAAUGUGACGGUUAAUCCCACUAUUCGUUGGUAAAAGAGUAGCCCAAGAGUUGGCGGUGGGUGGUGAUGACUAGCUGACUUCCAUCUUGUCUUUCACUGCUAAAUUAGGGACGACUAGUGUAGAUAGCCAUCGUGUAGCUUUGCGCGAAAUUCAAAGCAAACAAACAGAAAAGAAAGGUCUGAUAAAUCGCAUCAGUCAGUAAAAGUAUUAUGAUAAGCGAUAUCAGUCAGAGAGACUGUAUGAAAAUACGCCAGAAAAGGUUGCACAGCAUUAAUUACUACUGAUCUACAAUUUACCAUGAAAACUACUUUCUCGAACAAAAUAAGAUACAAAAAAUGUCUUGAAGUUGUGUGCAUGUUACUUUUAAGUCUUAUAGUCCAAAUCUGAUUGGGUGUUUAUUGAAUUUUAGUUGCUGCAAGACAAAUUAAUUCUCGUAAAGGGGAACUCAGAUAAGAGAAAGGAUUAAACAAAAUACAAAGUAUGCUUCUUUCAACCAGUUUUUGUUUGUUUUAAUACGGAGUAGUAUUCUAUUUAUCGUUCUGUUGUUUCAGCUCUGUGGCAGUUCGCUAACUGAAGAUCAUGAAGUCAAGAGUGGAAAAUAUUUAACCAACUAAUUAAUUGUAGUUUAAAAUCAGGUUGAUAAUUUUAAAAUCUAUAGAGUAUAUUAUGCUUUUGUUGUGUAUCAUUGGCGCAAAGCUACAAAAUUGGUGUUAUAUGCGCUCUAUUCAUCGCGGGGAAUCGAACCACAGAUUUUAACGUGAAAAAUCUUCACGUUUACCGCUGGCUCACCAGGGGACAAGAGUGUAUUAUUAAAAUACUCUGAAAAUGCCAUAAAUACGAUCACUAGUAUGAAGGUUAGAGGAGCAAAUUACUAUUGAGCCAAAGUGAAGAGGUGCGGAAUGAGAAAGGAGUAUUUAUUGUUUCAUACCAAAUUCUUGAUCACUAUAUUUUCCCUUAUAUCUCUUCUUAUUUUUCUAAAUGUUUGUGCUCAAAUCCCAGGAAUAAUUUUCUCAGAGAUAGACAAGGCAGCUGUUUCUAUUUGUUUCUUGUAGUUAUACUAAUGAACACGAACAUUAUAUUCAACUCCAAAUAUAAUAUUAGAGCCCCUCACUCCGGUGGCUUAGCGGUAAGUCAGAGGGCCUACAACGCUAAAAUUCAAGGUUCGCUGCCCGCACUGGCCAGAGCACAGCUAGCCCAUUGUGUAGCUUUGUGCUUUAUAGCAAACAAACAGUCAAAGAUUAGUUAGCACUUCUGGUAUUUUCGAGAUCACGUGGUACCAACAUAUCCGGGACACUGUUUCUGAUUUCUUUUUUUCAAUUAAAAAUAAACUGUAGGUUACAGUAGUUUUGGGCCAUCUGAUUUUAGUAUCUUUAAACUUCUAUCGAGUGAACCCUUCUUCCAGUGGCUCAACAGUAUGGCUGUGGACUAACAACGCUAGAAACCGGCUUUAGAUACCCUUGGUGGGCAGAGCACAGAUAGUCCACCGUGUAGCUUUGUGCUUAACUUCCAACAAACAACAAACAAACAAAUAAACUAUCGAGUGAUUACUAGGAUAGCAUAUUUUUGUAAAAAAAAAGGUUUGUAUUACAGUUAAGAAUUUAUAUUACUUUCAAAUAAUUGGUUUUUAUUAUAUAACUAUCCUGAGUAUAUAUAAAAAAGAGAGCUCCAGGCCGAUACAAACUAAUUUACAAAUUCCGUAACCACACCCAUAAGGCGUGGUGUUUAUGCUGUUCUCAUCGGGUGUGUAUAUAUAUGAGUUGUUUUCCAAGCUUUUUACGUGAUUGUCAAGCUCUUUGUCGAACUGUAACCUGUUUUUUGAGAAUAUGAAUGAUAAGGUUUCGGUUCAAAGGGUAACCGUUAAUUUACAUGCCUUGGAUGGUGUUUAUAAUUAACACAGUGACUUAGAACGUAGUUUAAUAGUAUAGGUAUGUAUAUAUAUCUUGGAUAAUUUUGUGAGAACUAUUUUCUGCAGGAGGUCAUUCCUAACAACAUAGCUCAUAAUUUUUCUUAUGAGCAAAACGAUAAUAAUCAAGUGCUAACAUGUGAUUGAAAUGUCACGUAAACAUUUAUACAAAAUGUACUUACAGUAUGCGAAUGCUCUUCAGUUUUGAUUUAAAACGAUUUUCGAAACCACUUCGAUUAUUCUGGCAAAAGUUUAAUAAACUUUACAGUAUUUUCUUCAAAAAACGAGAAGUUUCUUCUUAAUUACAUUUUGGCCCCUAAGAACUUUUUGAAAAAUGGAUAUUUGAAAUGUUACAUUUUAUACUAAUUAUCGAUGUAGACACUUCGAUGCCUUUCAGUGGCACAGCGGUAUGUCUACGGACUUAUACUGCUAGAAACUGGGUUUCGAUACCCGUGGUGGGCAGAGCACAGAUAGCUCUUUGUGUAGCUUUGUGCUUAUUAACAAACAACAAGACAUUUUGAUAUAACUUUAGAUAUUUGUUUAUGUACAUUUACAAAGCUGAAAAAAGAAAGAAGUGGGAACUUAUUUUUAUUCUCACUAGUUGAAAACCACAGUGAUCAAGGCUGAUAAGAGUAUUUAUUGACUCCGAGAAUUUAAUUUCCUUAUUAUGUUUUUUCCAAAUGCCUAGCAACAUCUGUGAUAAUUCUAUUUGUACUACUUAUAAUGAACUAAAGAUUAUUAUUGAGAAUUAUUAAUAAACUCUUAGUGUCUCUU